UUUUGAUCCAGGUUUGUUUCGGUGUUGCUGCAGAGGAAACCAGCCUCGUUCGGCUUUUCUUUUCUUUUCUUUUUUAUUUUUUUGUGUCUCAGAUCUCAGUGAGUCACUCAUGUGAGGUUCUGUCUCUUUUUUCAAUUUAUUAUUUCUAUUUGAUAAAAAAGAAGAGAGAAAUGUCUCCCCAGUUUAGGAGGGUUUCCCCAGUAUGACCUCACCGGGCAGGCGCUCCUCCUCAGCGGGUUCUCCUCAUCAGGCUGCCUCCCUGAUCCUCUGGAGGAACCAGAUUUCAUCUUUAUUCUGGGCUCUGUGAGCUGGAAGUGUCGCAGGAGAGAUAAGUUUAUGCUUUGACUCCAAACUCGGACCUCCAGAAGAGCGAAGAGACUAAAUCUGCAGCUGUCUGCUCCUCAGGGUCUUGGCGAUGGGGGGGUCCAAGAGUAAGCCUAAAGAUGUUGGCCAGCGAACCCGCAGCCUGGACAGUAACAACAGCUCGGGUGGAGGGGCUGGCGGUCACCACCACGGCUCCGCUCAACAGUCAGCGACACCCAACCGAAGCCCGACUGUGGACACAGGACUCAGUAAUAAUCAGUCACUGACCAAUAACGCUGAACUCACUCUUUUUGGAGGCGUGGACAAUAACAGCGUUUCUUCCUCUAACAGAUUAACUCUGGCGGGUGUGACGGCAUUUGUGGCCUUAUACGACUACGAGUCUCGAACAGAGACGGAUCUGUCUUUCAAGAAGGGGGAGCGUCUACAGAUCCUAAAUAACACGGAAGGGGACUGGUGGCUGGCGCUCUCCCUGACCACCGGAAAGAACGGCUACAUCCCCAGCAAUUAUGUGGCUCCAGCGGAUUCCAUCCAGGCAGAAGAUGAUCUGAAACUGACACUGGAUUCCAGAUGGUUCUUUGGCAAAAUGACACGACGUGAUUCGGAACGGAUGCUGCUCAGUUUAGACAACAGAAGAGGGACUUUUGUGGUGAGAGAGAGCGAGACCACCAAAGGCGCCUACUGCCUGUCAGUGUUGGACUAUGACAACACCAGAGGGCUUAACGUGAAACACUACAAGAUUAGGAAGCUGGACAGCGGGGGCUUCUACAUCACAUCCCGCACGCCGUUCCCCAGCCUGCAGCAGCUCGUCAAUCAUUACCGCAAGCACGCAGACGGCCUGUGUCACACCCUGACGGACGUUUGUCCCGUACUGAAGCCUCAGACUCAGGGCUUAUCCAGAGACGCCUGGGAGAUCCCCAGAGAAUCCCUUCGCCUGGAGGUCAAGAUGGGACAGGGCUGCUUCGGAGAGGUUUGGAUGGGAACGUGGAACGGAACGACCCGGGUGGCGAUCAAGACUCUGAAGCCGGGGACCAUGUCCCCCGAGGCCUUCCUGCAGGAAGCUCAGGUCAUGAAGAAACUGAGACACGAGAAGCUGGUUCAGCUGUACGCCGUGGUAUCUGAGGAGCCCAUCUUCAUCGUAACAGAGUUCAUGGGCCAAGGAAGCUUACUGGAGUUUCUGAAAGGAGAGUAUGGUGCGUUGCUGCGCCUCCCUCAGCUGGUGGACUUUGCCUCUCAGAUCGCUUCAGGGAUGGCCUAUGUGGAGAGGAUGAACUACGUGCACAGAGAUCUCCGAGCUGCUAACAUCCUGGUCGGAGAUAAUAUGGUUUGCAAGGUGGCUGAUUUUGGGCUGGCUCGGCUGAUUGAGGAUAACGAAUAUACGGCCAGGCAAGGCGCCAAGUUUCCCAUCAAGUGGACGGCUCCUGAGGCGGCGCUCUACGGCCGCUUCACCAUCAAAUCUGACGUCUGGUCAUUUGGAGUCCUGCUGACCGAGCUGGCCACUAAAGGCCGUGUUCCCUAUCCAGGUAUGGUGAACAGGGAGGUUCUGGAUCAGGUGGAGCGCGGUUACCGGAUGCCCUGUCCAGCAGAAUGCCCCGCCUCUCUCCACGAGCUGAUGCUAAACUGCUGGAGGAAGGAGCCAGAGGAGAGGCCCACCUUUGAGUACCUGCAGGGCUUCCUUGAGGAUUACUUCACCUCCACCGAGCCUCAGUACCAGCCUGGGGAUAACCUGUAACCAGGCUGCUCUGGUAUGCAAAAAUGGACCAUGCUCAUCGCCACUCAACUGCAUGGAGGGGGAUGAAUGGGGAUAAGGGGCCAUAAUAAAUGGCUACAAUCAAGUUUUUUUUUUUUCCUUUUUUCAUGCAUUUUUCUCCCGAUGGUUUAAAAAGAAAUGUGAUGGUUUUUUUUGUUUGUUUUUUCUUUGCAAACUUUCAAAUCCUUCAGUCAAAACAUUUUAACCAUAUAUUUUUUUAGCCAAUUGUUGAUCUGGAUUAUUUGAGUCGUUUUACACCUUGACCUGGAAAUGACUGCCAUGAGGUUGCUGAAGCCGCCUCUUCUUCUUUUUUUUUUAUUUAGUCGAACAUUUACUCAUCAUAAAAGAUCAACUCAGGAUGGGGAAAACAAGACAAAUCUGCUGCAAGGAUUUCUGUGCCAAUGGAAAGUAAUUUUUUACUCUAUUUUUGGUAAUUUCCCUUUUU